AUGGAUGGAGGUGGUGGUAACAGCAGUCUCAGUGGGUUAGAUGUCCCAGGUGGGGCCCUUUCUGGGAGUCAGAGGGAUGAAAUCAUGGACCAAGUCAAACAACAAAUAGCCAUUGCCAAUGCACAGGAACUCUUACAGCGGAUGUCAGACAAAUGCUUCAAGAAAUGCAUCAGCAAGCCAGGCACAUCCUUAGACUCCUACGAACAAAGGUGCAUAUCAAUGUGCAUGGACCGAUACAUGGAUACUUGGAAUGUGGUGUCACGGACUUAUGCUAAUCGUCUGCAGAGAGAAAGGGGCAAGAUGGGUUUCUGA